AAAUAACGCUAGUAUACAACAGAAACAAUCUGGUCUUGAAACUGCAAUCCUGCUUCUUUCAAUUUUAUUUUGUUAAUCAGUUUUUGUAAUUAGAUGAAUUAGAAUGAGACUAACUAAUCAAUUAUUAAAAUGGAAAGGAGCUUACAUUGGCCCUAUGCCUAAAUAUCCUGGAAAAGUCACAACAGGUAAAACUCGUUGGGUUCCGCCUGUCUGGACUGGCACUAAAGCAGAUUUCUUCUAUGAAUUAUCGGCAACGCAAGAGGCUAUGAAUGUUUUGGCAAAGCCAUACAUCUCAAAGGACCAAGAAAGUAAACUUCUUCAACACCAAGGUAAAACAAAACCUGACCAUUGGGAUGACUUCAUGUGGAAAAAAUACGUUGCACCACCCAAACAUCGUUAUGCUGCUCAUUUCAUGGCAUGCCUUCCACGAACAAGGAAAUUUGAAGAUGAAGAUUAAACUUUAGAAUCUUAUUUCAUAGACGAUUUGUUUUUAUCUUGAUAGAUUAUUUAAAAAAUGAUUGAUUAUCAUCAAUAUUGGUUGUCUCAUACCUUCAGUAGAUUCAUUGUGUAUAUUGGUAACAGAUUUACGAUGUACAAUUAAAUAUUGCCCUUUUCUGUAUAAAUCAUGCAAUUAAAAUGUUCUUUAUUACUA